GUUGAGACUAUCAGAGUGUUGAACUAUAUAUUGACACGCAUCGUUGCGUAAUCAUAUCAAUUUGAAUAAAUAGUCGUCAAUUUCACGAUAUCACAAUGAAUGGAGUGAACUUAGAAACAUCUCAUGCGAUUCAGAAAGUCCCAUCGGUUGGCAGUAUGUCCUUCUUAUUACCUUUCUCAUAGUCUAAGGACCGACAUCUCUAAAGCGGAUGUAGUUCAUGACAAGAAGCAGUAUUCCGACCAUCAACCUAGGGUGUAUCUUGCAAAUUUUACUCAAAUUAACUGCUCUGAAAAGUUGGUAUCAUGAAAUAUGAUGCAUUUUAUUUCAUUUGAAAAAGUAUAGUUUCUCUAAAAUUUAGUAACUUACUUGAAACGAAGACUUAACCACGCAAUAUGAUAAAUUUAGGUGGUUUUACAAUCAGUUCUUUGAAAUUAGAUCUCUGAAAAUACUGUCUCUAAUCAUUUAUAGCCAUUUUGAAGUUAUUGUGAUUGCAUUCCGAUUUCAAUUCGUGGUGGAGGUGAGAGAUUAAACAUUAAUAGUAAUGCGUAAAUCAUCUUUGAUUGCCUAACUGCAACUUAUGAGUAUAGAAUGCAAUUACAUCCUUAUUUGUAGUAACAGUUGCCUAGAUCGCCUGUUAUCUCUCUGUGCCGUCGAAACUUACACGUUUGUUUUAACCACCACCUCGUAAAAUGACAAAUAACUAAAGCAAGAAGUGUAGAACAUCAGUUUCAGUGUAUUUGACAUCUCUUGAAUACUUGUAUUGGAAGGUCAAACUUGAAUUACCCUAGCAAUCACUCUAUGUAUAGAUCUAAAGUUGCACAAUGGAUAGGAUCCGACAAUUAGAUUGAAUAAUCACCAUAAUGACACUUGACUUCAGCUUUUCGUUUCUGUUGAAAUAUAUAGGAAAGCUCCAAAUGAGCUGUAUCAUGUAUUAUACAGCAAAUCUGUCAAAUACCCAAGCUCAACAAUGAUUACAAAGCUUUUAAUAGCGUAACUAUUUAUAUGCAAUGCAAUUUCUAUACCUAAUGCGAAAUAUGGCUUCGUGUUAUGCUAAUUUUAUUCUAUCUCCUGUUCGAGGUAUAAUGACGGGAAUACCUUGGUAGCAAUAUAUCCUUUGCUCAACAGUAAUACUAUUGGACGGCACCGUCUCUGAUAUAUAUAGUUGCCUACUGAAAGGGCAUUAAAUGAGUUCCUCCUGUGUUCUAGGGAGUGAUAUAACAAUGAUGUUUUUGAUAUCAAGAAAUGAAGGCAAAUCUUAUGCGUUUCAAGCGAUAUCAAUAUAGUAUAAAACACGUAAGUAUAGCCUCCUACUUAGAUAUAAUCUGUAUGCCAUGCGAGACGACAGUUAUAGGUUGCGUUUGUAUAGAGAUCGAAAACAACUUGGAGCUCAACGACGCAUAUCCCCAUAAUGGUAGCACGUUGAAUCUCCCCUGAUAGCUAAAUAUAUCGCUGAGUUAGUGGUUGGGUGGCCAUGCGGAUGCUGAGCUUAUCCGAGAUGUUGCAAUUAUUAGAGAAUGAUGACCCUGUGGUAUAAUCUUGCAGCUCGCAAUAUAAUGAAGCUAGUCGGGAUUUUAUGUAUGUUGAACUGUCGCCACUUCAUGGCACACC